UCCAGGUCACCGCCGCACCUGGUCUUGGGGUGGACCGUGGGCGCCUGGGCCUCCCGGCGCCGGUGCGCCCGGGUCCCCGCGCGGGAGCCUGAACCCGAGGAGGCGCUGGACCUGAGCCAGCUGCCCCCGGAGCUGCUCCUGUUGGUGCUGAGCCACGUGCCCCCGCGCACGCUGCUGGCGUGCUGCCGCCGGGUGUGGUGUGGCUGGCGCGCCCUGGUGGACAGCCAGGCCCUGUGGCUGCGCGUCUUGGCCCGGGAGCAGGUCUCCGUGCUGCCGCUCAUCCGCAGCUGCCUGCCCACCGCCCGGGACGACAGGCCCUUUCUCCUGAGCCGCCUCUGCGAGCUCCGACCGGUCAGACGCAACCUCAUCCGCAACCCCUGCAGCCAGGAAGGCCUCCAGAAUUGGACGGUGCAGCACGGCGGGGACGGCUGGGUGGUGGAGGUAAACCUGUCACCGGUGCCUGGGGCUCCCUCGCAGACCUGCUUCGUGUCUUCCUUCAGGUGGUGUAACAAAAAGCAGGUCCUGGACCUGGAGGAAGAGGGUUUGUGGCCAGAGCUGCUAGAUAGUGGCAGGAUUGAAAUUUGUGUGUCUGACUGGUGGGGAGCUCGAGACGACUGUGGCUGUGAGUAUGGACUCCGUGUCCAGCUUCUAGAUGCCAGGCAGAACGUCCUGGAUGAAUUCUCUGUUUCGCCGGAUCCCAUCCAGGAGUGGAACAACCACGUCUGCUUUCAGGUCACCCACGUGUUCUCUAACUUCAGGAUGGCCAUGCGCUUUGUGUCUUUUGAACACUGGGGCCAGGACACGCAGUCCUGGGCUGGUCGCUAUGGAGCUCGUGUCACCAACUCCAGUGUGGUCCUGCGGGCCCAGCUGUCUUAGUCGAGGGCUGUCCUUGCAAAACAGCCUGACUGGUGCCUUCCUGGGCUUGGGACCAUUGGCCAGGACUUCUCAUUAACCAAGGACAUGACCUCCCUGGCACCCUGGGUACUCCAAGAUCUCUUCAAGGGUCCUCCUGGGCCCCUUCUUCAGGUUCUGCAAACUACUAAAAGAGAGUGCUUCCUUCAGAGCUCCGUACUGCUGUUACAGGGCAGUCCUGCCCCUGUUGGUGCGAUGCUGGUGCUGGUGGGGCUCUUAGUCCUCUCCCCAGAGGCCCUCUGCUCAGCCCCAGUCCCCUCUGCCCCUGUCUCCUCUCCUUUCUGCCUCAGGGGCUUUAUUGGUCCCUUUAGAGAAGGCCUCUCAUCUCUGAGGUGGAAUCUCGUCCUUAUGGCUGGGAAAAUUCCAGCCACCUUGGGUGGCAAACUUAAUAUCUGGCAGCUUUAAGGCUGCGACCAGGUCUCACAGCUGAAAGCCAACUAGCUCAAAAACGUUUGGAGAUCCUCAAGGACCCCAGUGAUUGUGGGUGUAUAAAAUUAUUUUUUUAGCCUGGGUGGCUCGGUCGGUUAAGUAUCUGCCUUCGGCUCAUCUCAUGAUCCCGGGGUCCUGGAAUGGAGCCCGCAUCAGGCUCCCUGCUCGGCGGGAUGUCUGUUUCUUCCUCUGCCUCUCCAUGCCCCUCCCUCACCCCAGCUCAUGUUCUCUCUGUCUAAAAUAAAUAGGAUGUUUUUUAGAUUCUUUUUUAUUUUGAAAUUUUCUGCAAACACUGAGAGAAUAAUACAUCGGCAACAACUAUCUGCCAAUCUCACAUAAUUUAUUAUUUUGCCAAAAAAACCAAAAACACAAAAUCUUCCAGCAUCCCACCUAGCAGACAGAGGAGCUCUGAGUGGCACAAACUGUGGCUUCGGACCCUGGGGGUCGGUGCCGGGUCUCCUAGCCAGAAUUGUGUGGGCGCCGGUCAGGUCCCCUUCCUAGGUCGGGUAGUCCCCUUUGCUGGUGGAGACCCAGGGCUGAAGGUCCCCUCCCUGUGUCAGGCAGUUUCCUCCCUGGUGGGGACCUGGGGCUGAAGUUCCCCUCCUUGUGUCAGGGGUCCCCUCCCUGGAGGGGACCCGGGGCUGAAGGUCCCCUCCCCACGUCAGGAGGUCCCCUCGCUGGUGGGGACCCGGGGCUGAAGGUGCCUGUCCCGCAUCAGGGGUCCCCUUCCUGGUGGGGACUUGGGCUGAAGGAUCCCUUCCUGCGUCGGAGGGGUUGCUUCCCUGGUGGGGACCCGGGGCUGAAGGAUCCCUCCCCACAUCAGGAGGUCCCACUGCUGGUGGGGACCCAGGACUGAAGGUCCCUCCCUGUGUCAGGAGGAUCCCUCACUGGUGGGGACCCAGGGCUGAAGGUCCCCUCCUUGCGUCAGGGGUCCCCUCCCUGGUGGGGCUGAAGGUCCCCUUCCCGCCUCAAGAAGUCCCCCUGUUGGUGGGGAUCUGGGGCUGAAGUUCCUCUCCUCGUGUCAGGGGUCCCCCUGCUGGUGGGAACCUGAGGCUGAAGGUCCCCUUACCAUGUCAAGAGGUCCUCCUACUGGUGGGGACCCGGGGCUGAAGGAUACCUCCCCAUGGUCAGGGGUCCCCUCCCUGGUGCAGACCAGGAGUUCCAGACCCAGGGGCUGAAGGUCACCUUCUGGGAGAGGUGAACCUGCAGUUGGGUUGAGUGUUAGGUCUCGGUUUGCUGACUGGGACUCAGCAGAACCGAUUCCGUCCGUGGCCUUGUCUCUUUUUUAACAAUUCUCCCGCUUUUGAUCCUAUGUUCAGCCCUCGUGAGGAUGUGAUCAAAAUUUAAGCCUGGGGGGCUUACUCAGUGAAGCGUCUGCCUUCAGCUCAGGUCAUGAUCCCAGGGUCCUGGGAUUGAGUCCUGCAUCAGGCUCCCUGCUCAGCUGCUUUUCCCUCUCCCGCUCCCCCUCCCUGUGCUCAGUCAGAUGAAUAAAUCUUAAAAAAAAAAAAGAAGAAGAAGAAAAAAUUUAAGGCAUUGGCACCACACCCCGCUUAGUCUCUGAAGGUCUCAGUGUUUGCUGGUGCUCUGUGGUAAGCACAGGUCAUGACUUAGGCUCAGGACUUCUAAGUGGGUCAUCCUCUUCAUUCUUUUCAUGACUUUCUAUUCCUAGGGAGCUCGUGGGCUUGGUGGUCGGUGGCCGCGAACGUGCAUCUGAAGCUUUUGAGGGAAUGCAGCACGCUAGGGAGCCAACUCUGGUUGUUAGAGCAGGUUAAUUCCCAGUGUCUGGAAUGCACUUCGGAGCCAUGGUCCCCAAGACCCAGACCAAUCAAAACCAAGUCAGAGAAAGACCCUGUUGAAGGAGUUACUUUUGUAAGCUCGUUAAGUGGCUUGUUUGGUGACUUUCUGUUGCCAAGUUUCAGCUUCCCCAGAAAUGUGCAACAUGCGGCGUUGGCCACAGUGCAGACACCUUGUUCAGCUCAAAGAUAAUCAGGAGUGAUCCUAUGAUCAGGAACAACUUCGGCCUUGCAAAGAUGGCUACCACUGGUGAGAUCUUGUGAUUUCGGGCACAUCUGAUUUAGAUAAUCAUAAGAACAUGGGGGCAUGAAUGUACUAUGAUUUGCAUCAGUAUUUGUGUCUAAUUGGGCAAGUAGAGUUAUAAUUGGAGAAAGGUACACACAAGGCAUGGAUGUGAUGGCCAAUGAAAGUCAGAUUCCUUUAAGUGACUUCGAAAGUGGAGGGGGGAAUAGUUGGAAAUAGAAGAGAGAUGGGUCACAGGGAGGACCAGAGGUCUCUAGUAUCAUGGGCAGAUAGGAGUUUUUGAUGACAAAUCCAGCAGUCUGAAAGGUUGGCCCAAUUAGCAAAAGCCUAGAAGAUACAGUAAUGGUGUUAUCUUUCCAGGCCAAUAGCAGGAUAAUGGAAAAGAGAGAGAACAAAGGGUUUCAUGUUUAAAAUACAAUGUCUUGAUCUGGUAUCUUGGGAAGAAGCAGUCUACAUCUCUGAUGUCUGCGACUUCUCUUCCUCGUCAGUUUGUUUCAGAAGUCUCCAGGGUGUGCAGAGGACCAGAUGGCAGGUGGAGCCUUCUUUUGCUGUGGGAUGUUACCCAGCAUUCAUUUCCCAUAGCUGUGGCUGCCAUCUCAGUAGUGAGGACCUCUGGUAGUCCGUUACAAGGAGAUUGGAGAGCAGUCUUUGUUCUAGUGAUUGCAAAUCAGAAGGAUGGGAGAAAGUGGGAAACAUUAGUUCAGAGAGUCACAGCCAGAUAUUUGAGCUAGAAGAAUUCAGGAUCCACUCCAGUUUGCAGGUGUAAAACAGGUCCUCAAAGACAAUAGGAGUAGAAUCUAAUGUCAGGUGCAAAAAUAAUUUUUCUCUCCACAAUCAGUUUUUUCCCCCAAGGUAAUCACAGUAAACUAAUUUGUUUUUAUUAAACUGGGUCUGAUUAUUUAGAUAGUGCAACAAGAAUAGCAAUCGAGAGUUUAUAUAAGCUCUUUUAAAGGUUGCUUUGCUUGACCUUUUCAUUAGGAAUUUCAGAUUGAACUUUUAAAAGCCUCUAAAGCCAGGAAGCCAAGCCAAGGACUGUCAUCAGAUGUUACCUGCAAUAUUUAUAGUUUGGGUGAAUUCCUCCCUCCUUGAGAUCCCCCCAGAUGUGCUGAGGUUCCUGGAUCUACCAGGCAGCGACCUUCCUUCCUUACCUGGUGCGGCUGCCAGGAACCCUGUGAGCAAGAUUCCAGAGGAUUUAUCCAAGCGGUUCCUGAAAGCCGUGUGGUCAUAUCUGAAUCCAUGCAGGUCUCUCUCAAGUAUGACAUUCCAGUCAAACCCUUGGUAAGAUGGCCAGUGUUUCCAGGUUUGUCCUGUUACAUAGAAAACAGAUUCUUAUCUUAUGCAAAGAACUACCUAUAUUGGCAUGAAAAGAAUACUCAAGAGUUUCUGAAUUCCGGAGGGAAUAGGUACAGAGAAAAGGUCAAUAUUUCAUCUUUGUUUACAAAGCUAUACUUUACCAAAUUGCUGUAGGUCAUAGAUAGCUUAAGAGAAGACAUUUCCUUAAGUCUGGGAAAAUAAAACAUUAAGGAACUAGCAGUAUUUCCAACAAAAAGUCAUAAAAAAUCAUAAUCAUCCUCGUGAGUUCAUUCAUUCCCAUAUGUUGGUACCUGUUGUACUUGAAUCCAGUUUUUCUAUUUGUUCUGGAUAUUUGUACCCAGUUUAGUUUUAUGAUUUUUAAGUUAUCAGAAAACUUGUACUUUUAAAGUCAUUUUCCAUGAAUCUCUUUGAAGCUGAAGCAUUUUGUAGGAACGUUUUUGCAAAAGUAUCGGAGUUAAACAACAAGAUAGCUUUUUAAUAAGAGCCAUUCCGACAGGUAGGUGAUAUUUCAUUGUGGAUUUGACUUGCAUUUCUUUGAUGGUCAGUGAUGUCGAGCAUCUUUUCAUGUGUCUAUUGGCCACCUGCAUGUCUUUUUUUUCCUAUCAGGUUCUGAAUAUCAACUUCGAAUUUGGACAAUUUCUGACCACAGAGCUACUCAAAAAAUCCUUUCAAAUGGGAGCGCCUGGGUGGCUCAGUCAGUUAGGCGUCUGACUCUUCAUUUCGGCUCA